UGUGCGUGCGCGCGCGUGUGUGAGCCGUCACUCUUUACUCCACAGGGAUAAAGACAGACACAACUUCGGUCCGCUCGCGGAGCGAAGGGGAGAGAAACACGCACGGCACGAGACGGAAAAUAUAACAAUAAUAAUUUAUAUAUAUUUAAAAAAAAUGACCCGGACGGCCACCAUCGCGCUCAUAUCUCUUUUAUGGAUAUUUAAGAGAGCAUCAAGUGCGCGGGUUUAUCCUCCGAACGAAGUAACGUUGCUGGACUCCAGGACGGUGCAGGGCGAGCUGAAAUGGGUGGCGAGUCCGGCAGAGGGAGGGUGGGAAGAGGUGAGCAUCAUGGACGAGAAGAACACGCCCAUCCGGACGUACCAGGUGUGCAACGUCAUGGAGCCCAACCAGAACAACUGGCUGCGGACGGACUGGAUCGCUCGCGGCGGUGCCCAGCGAGUCUACAUCGAGAUCAAAUUUACCCUGCGUGACUGCAACAGCCUCCCGGGAGUCAUGGGCACCUGCAAGGAGACCUUCAACCUGUACUACUACGAGUCCAACAACGAUAAGGAGCGCUACAUCCGCGAGAACCAGUUCAGCAAAAUCGAUACCAUUGCCGCUGAUGAGAGCUUCACUCAGGUGGACAUUGGCGACCGCAUUAUGAAGCUGAACACGGAAGUGCGGGACGUGGGCGUUUUGACCCGAAAGGGCUUCUACCUGGCCUUCCAGGAUGUGGGAGCGUGCAUCGCCCUGGUGUCCGUGCGGAUCUUUUACAAGAAGUGCCCUCUGACCGUGCGCAAUCUGGCCCAGUUCCCAGACACCACCACUGGGGCGGACACCUCGUCGCUGGUAGAGGUGCGCGGGUCCUGUGUGGACAACUCGGAAGAGCGGGAAGUGCCCAAGAUGUAUUGUGGGGCAGAUGGCGAAUGGCUGGUGCCUAUUGGAAACUGCUUGUGCAACCCGGGUUUUGAGGAGCGAACAGGAGCCUGCCAAGCCUGUAAGAUUGGCUACUACAGGGCCUUGGCUACGGACAGCACCUGUUCAAAGUGCCCUCUUCACAGCUACUCUGUCCGAGAGGGCUCCACAUCCUGCACAUGCGACAAGGGCUACUUCCGCUCUGAGACGGACCCAGCCUCCAUGCCCUGCACUCAGCCUCCGUCCGCCCCACAGCACCUCAUCUCCAAUGUGAAUGAGACAUCAGUCAAUCUGGAGUGGUCGCCCCCAGCGUCAUCAGGCGGGAGACAGGAUCUGACCUAUAACGUGGUGUGCAAGCGGUGCGGUCCGGAUGGUCAGCGGUGUCAGCCCUGUGGUAGCGGCGUCCACUAUUCACCCCAGCAGCUGAGCCUGCGUACUACUCGUGUCUCCAUCAAUGAGCUCCAGGCACAUACCAACUACACCUUCCAAGUGUGGGCUGUCAAUGGGGUGUCCCAGCAGAGCCCCAGCCCUGAGCAGGCCGUGUCUGUCACGGUCACCACCAACCAGGCUGCUCCCUCUCCGGUUACUUCCAUCCAGGCCAAGGACAUCACCAGGCAUGCUGUGUCUCUGGCAUGGCAGCAGCCCGAGAGGCCUAACGGAGUCAUCCUGGAAUACGAGGUCAAGUACUAUGAGAAGGAUCAAAACGAACGCAGUUAUCGGAUAAUGAAGACGUCGUCCCGCAGCGCCGACAUCAAAGGCCUGAGCCCACUCACCUCCUACGUCUUUCACGUGCGCGCUCGCACUGCCGCCGGCUACGGAGAAUUCAGCGCCCCUUUCGAAUUCAUGACCAAUUCAGUUCCUUCCCCUAUCAUUGGAGAUGGAGCUAAUUCCACAGUGCUGCUGGUGUCCGUCAUCGGCAGUGUGAUUCUGCUGCUCAUCUUCAUCGGAGUCUUCGUCAUCAGCCGCAGGAGGAGUAAAUACAGCAAAGCCAAGCAGGACUCAGAUGAAGAGAAGCACCUUCACCCAGGGGUCCGAAUCUAUGUGGACCCUUUCACUUAUGAGGACCCCAACCAAGCCGUCCGCGAAUUCGCCAAAGAGAUCGACGCCUCCUGCAUUAAGAUCGAAAAGGUCAUCGGGAUCGGAGAGUUUGGUGAAGUGUGCAGUGGCCGCCUGAAGAUGCCAGGCAAGAGAGAAAUCUGUGUGGCCAUCAAAACCCUCAAAGCUGGAUACACAGACAAGCAGCGGAGGGAUUUCCUGAGCGAGGCCAGCAUCAUGGGUCAGUUUGACCACCCCAACAUCAUCCGGCUGGAGGGAGUGGUCACCAAAUGUAAACCAGUAAUGAUAAUCACCGAAUACAUGGAGAAUGGCUCCCUUGAUGCUUUCCUUAGGAAGAACGAUGGGCGUUUCACGGUUAUCCAACUGGUCGGAAUCCUACGUGGAAUUGCAUCAGGAAUGAAAUAUCUGUCGGACAUGAGUUACGUCCAUCGUGACUUGGCUGCACGGAACAUCCUGGUCAACAGCAACCUGGUGUGUAAAGUGUCUGAUUUCGGCAUGUCUCGAGUGCUGGAGGAAGACCCUGAUGCAGCCUACACAACAAGGGAAAUAAUGGGAACCUAUCAAUCGCAGGGGGGAAAAAUCCCCAUUCGCUGGACGGCCCCAGAGGCCAUUGCCUACAGGAAGUUCACCUCGGCCUCCGACGUGUGGAGCUACGGCAUCGUCAUGUGGGAGGUGAUGUCGUACGGAGAGCGGCCAUACUGGGAUAUGAGCAACCAGGAUGUCAUAAAAGCGAUUGAAGAGGGCUACAGACUCCCCCCUCCAAUGGACUGCCCUGUGUCCUUGCAUCAGCUGAUGCUAGACUGCUGGCAAAAAGAGAGAGCCGAGAGGCCCAAGUUCAGCCAGAUCGUUAACAUGCUGGACAAACUCAUCCGCAACCCCAACAGCCUGAAAAGGACCGGUGGAGAAAUAGCCAGACCCAACACGACCCUUCUAGAACCCAGCAGUCCAGAGUUCUCUUCUCCCCUGGGCUCCAUUUCUGAUUGGCUACAGGCCAUCAACAUGGAACGUUACCGGGACAACUUCACCGCCGCCGGCUACACCACCCCAGAAGCUGUGGUCUCCAUGACGCAAGAAGACAUGACCAGGAUAGGGAUCUGCUCCACCGCACACCAGGACAAGAUCCUCAGCAGCGCACAGGGAAUUCUGUCCCAGAUGCAACAGAUACAGGACAGGAUGGUUCCUGUCUGAACACACAGUAUCGGAAGACGAAACUCAAAACAUACUUUGUUUUCUUUUCUUGUUUUUGGUUUUUUUUUUGUUUUUUGAAAGGAAAUCCAUUUACCUCAUCCAUGCACUUUAAAUUGAAAUUGUUCAAGAAGAAGAAGAAGAAAAAAAAAAACAAACGACAAGAGGAGAAAGAGGAGCAACUGAAGACAAGAACGGCGAAAUUACACAGCACUUUUUCGGAUGAAGGCACCCAGCCAUUUCGAUUGGAGGAAUCUCCGCCUCAUGGUGUUGUGACAUACUGGAUAUUAUUCUAGAAGGCUCUUUGACCAUGCCUUUGCUAGACAGUGGAACUAAGAGGGCAUGCUCUUUUUCUCUGCUCCACCUUUUUUUGUAUGUAUGUGUCAGUAUGUAAAUAAGUAGAUCUUUUGGAUUUAUUUCCCCCCCUGUGCCAUUUUUCCUGCCAUUUCGUCAAUUUUUAGCUGAGUCAGUGCACCUGGCGAUUUAAAGCGGGGGCUGUAAAAUGGCGGUAUGAGAAGUGUUA